AUGGCAAAUGAGGCACUUAUAAAAGGAAUCAAGUUUAGUGCAGAAUUGUGUCCGCAUGCAGCACGAAGUUACAAAUGCGGUAGUAGACCUGUAUGUAAUAUAUAUUGCAAAUACGGUAACCAUGUCGACCAAGAUGGAUGUGAUAUUUGUAAAUGUAAACAACCUCCACACUGUUCAGCUGUGAUGUGUAUGAUGCAUUGUGAACACGGAUUUAAAGUUGGAUCUGAUGGAUGUGAAAUUUGUAAAUGCAACCAGCCUCCUCACUGCCCCGAUGUUAUGUGUGCUAUAUAUUGUGGACACGGCUUUAAAGUUGGAGCUAAUGGUUGUGAAAUUUGUAAAUGCAACCAGCCUCCCCACUGUCCCGAUCUGAGUUGUAGAAUGUUCUGCGAUCAUGGAUUCAGAGUUGGUGCUGACGGAUGUCAGAUUUGUCAAUGCAGAACACCAGUUCGAGUUGGGAUGGAAUCUAAAGAUGAAAGACUAAGUAAAAACAACAUAUACGAACAUAAAGUUUCAACAAUAAAAUUUAAAGUUCAUUUCUUAUGUUUAUUCUAUUUCAGUCCUGCAUCAUGUUAUAAGUGUAAAAGAAAUUGACU